GCUACAAGCUGCCAACCACUUUGCACACCUUGAAGCAUGAACUGCAUUGCGACAUCGUUGCCGUCCGUCCAGGUGGAGCGCCACCCUGAUAAGGGCCGCUCCUUGCAUGUAUCAUCACCAAGAGGCAUUCCUUCUGGCACCAAGCUCUUCCAGGAAGAAGCGUUUGCGAAGGUAGUCCUCUCGACAUACAAAGGCAACGUGUGCGCAGCGUGCUUGCGUCCGUCCGACCCCGACAUUUGCUGCGACGACUGCUCCCAGGUAACUUUUUGCAGCGAGGCAUGCCAAGCAUCAUUGGCGUAUGUCCACGCGCUGGAAUGUGAGACUCUCGACGACAUCGACAUGAUUGCAAAGAAAUCUGCCGCCGACCGAGACCUGCUGCGAUUGCUGGUUCGAAUCCUUUGCCGUCGCGUGUGUCCGUGUCCUCGUCGAUAUGAAACUGACGAAUUGCUAGCCACAACCUUUUCCGAAGUGGAUCAAAUGGUGCAUGCCACGUCCCGCCUGGAGUCGUCAUGGGUCGCCAGCGUCGAGCGCGGCGCGGAGCUGCUUUUGCAGUCACUUCCGACCAAGGCACAUGUGUCGGUGGCCAAGAUCGUCGGUUUGGCCGGCCGGAUCAACGAGAACUCGUACUCGUUGGACGCGUGGACAUCGUCCAAGGCAGCGGCGGUCGGCAUGUUUCCCGUGGCGGCGCUGCUCAACCACAGCUGCAUGCCCAACUGCGCGUGGGCCAACGACGGACGGGGCCACAUGGAAGUGCGCACCACCGCGUUCGUCGCGCACGGAGAAGAGCUUUGCUUCUCGUACAUCGACCCGACCCAACCGCGACCGACGCGGCAACGCGAGUUGCUCGUGACCAAACACUUUCAAUGCACGUGCCCGCGAUGCUCUGACUCGUCCAUCGACGGCAUGGACGCCAUGCUCGAGGGCGUUUGCUGCGGCGUGUGUCUACAGCUCCUUCAGCCAGGCGCGGGAUCGUCUCGAUGUUGUCACCAACCACUCCAAGUAGACGACACAGACGUGCAAAGGAAGACGGAAUCGGCGAGGCAGUCGCUACGACAAAUCCAAAACCAAGUCGACACUAAACAGUUUGCGGCCGCCAGAGUCUUGGCGUUGGAGUUGCUGCAAGCACACUCCACCAAACCUGAUGAAACAAGCAGCAUUGUGCUGCAUCCGAGCCACGAGAUCCUGACGCGAGCCAGCCAGCUCGUGGGCGAAUGCGACUGGAAACUCGGCGACUACGUCAGCUGUGUGGGUCGUCGACUGGACUGGAUCGCACGCCUCGAGAAGACGGUGGCGCCGAUGUCCUUGGUCCUGGCCCACGCGCAUCACGAUGUGGUCGAGGCCUUCAAGGCGUCGUUGACUCACAAUGCGUGGCCUGCAGGAACUGACCUUCAUUCCAAGGAAGCGUUGGCCGCUUGGCAUUUGCAACAGUGUAGACAUAUCCACUCUGUGUGUUUACCAGCUCGCCACCCGUUGAAUGCGAUAAAGUAAUGACAACGUUAACAGUUACAAA